AACAAAUAAAUGAAAAUGACCCAAUUAAAUGUUUCCCUUUAACUCACCCACCGGUCAUGAUUGAAGAACCAAUUUAUAAACCCCAAAACCCCCAUUUCGGAAAACCAUAAAAUUUCCAACCAUAGUUUCAGUUCCAUCUCCCAGUAGUCAAGUUUGAAAGCAAACCAUGGUUCCCCCCCAACAAGACCAUGAUCUUGUCUAUAACCUUAGGCUCUCAUCGGUUGGACCAGGUUGUGUCACCGGUUCGGACGUGGUUCAUGACCUAAGCGGCCUGGACUUGACCAUGAAACUCCAUUACCUCAAAGCGGUUUACUUCUUUUCCAGCCAUGCAGUGGAAGGGCUAACUAUCAUGAACAUGAAAGAAGCCAUGUUUUACUUGCUUAACGAUUACUACAUCACCUGUGGGCGGAUCAAGCGGUCGGAGUCUUCGGGUCGACCGUACAUAAAGUGUAAUGACUGCGGCAUAAGGUUCGUGGAAGGUGUUUGCGACGAAACUGUGGAUGAAUGGCUUGAAACUGACGACGAUUCUAAGAGGAAUUUGCUUGUUUAUCAUCGAGCCAUCGGCCCUGAGUUGUCCUUUUCUCCUUUAGUUUACUUGCAGGUUACUCAGUUCAAAUGUGGUGGAAUUUCACUAGGGCUGAGUUGGGCUCAUAUCCUUGGAGAUGCAUUUUCAGUCUCUAAUUUCAUCAACAAUUGGGGCCAACACAUGGCUAUGGUCAAUGUCAAUAGUUCCCCAGCCCUCGCACCAAGAUCCCUAACCAAUACUGCAAAACCUGAGGCACCCGGUGAACCACUUUCUGCAAAGCAAGUGAACCAUGUGGGAGACCUUUGGGUGCUUGCCAAUAACUGCAAAAUGGAAACUUUUUCUUUCAACUUGACCACACAACAUUUAUCAAACUUACAAGCCAAGAUCGGUUCAGUUUCGGCUUUCGACUCAAUUUGUGCCCUACUUUGGCGAGCGAUAGCCAAAGUCAGGGAAGGAUUUGAGCCACAAAUUGUUACCGUUUGUAGGAAAGAUCCAUGCCAUGACGAUAACAAUGUUCUUGGUAACAAUCAAAUUAUAAGAACAAUCAAGGCAAGCUUCUUGGUCGGUGAAUCGGAUUUGAACAAGUUAGCAACGUUGAUCGCCAAUGAUCAAGGUCAAGUGUGUGAUGAAAGAAACAGGAUUGAAGCCGCGGUGGAGAAAGAUAAUGGGUCUACAGAUUAUAUCGUGUAUGGAUCAAAUUUAACAUUUGUGAACUUAGAAAAUGCAGGUUUAUAUGAAUUGGAGUUGAAUGGAGAAAAGCCAAAGUUGGCAUAUUAUUCAAUCCAAGGUGUGGGUGAUGAAGGAGCAGUUUUGAUUCUUCCGCUGCCGCACGGUUCCGCAGCUGAAAAUGAAGGUGAACCAAGAUAUUUGGUAAACCUAACUUUGCCUGAGGGUCAAGUAUUUAAGCUCAAGGCUGAGCUAAAAAGGGCUUCUCUACUCUAGAUUUCUCUAUGCUAGGGAUUUCAACAUAGAAUUUGAAAUAAGUUUCCUAUUAUUUAAAUUAAAUAAUAAAAACUUAUUUAAAUCUGAUGGUAUAAAUAAGUUGAAAAGGGUGAUCAGGCUAGUUUGUGGGGAUUUCUAGUGCAAGCUCUUAUACAAAAAGUUUAGCCUAAGCUUUUACCUAUUUAAUGUAACAAGUCAUCACAAAAUAUCUAAUCUAUUUUGUAACUCUCAAAAUGAAUUAUUAUGUUAUAAAAUACUUUUAAAAAUA